UAUACCUAUUUAACAUAAUUUUACUAUUCAAUUUGGUCCCAAAAUAAGAACAAAAUCUGCCCACUGUUCACAUCAACAGAAAUUUUAACACUUUUCAAUUUUCAAUCUCUUUUUAUUUACCUUUCAAAAAAAAAAAAAAUCUCUUUUUAUUUAAAGAUUGAAAAUUUAUUAAAACCCAGUUGUUGUUUUUAAACAUUAUUAUGUGAUAAAGAUCUGUAAAUUUGUAUAAAUGUUGUUGAUUUGAUGUCUGCCGGUGAAGAUUUGAGUUAUUUAUGGAGUUCAAGAUUCGUUGUGGGAAAUGUUGGCCCCAGCUAUUACUUCUACAGAUUCUAUUAAUUUUAGUAUUGUUCGACCCAAUCCAAGCAAAUUACGACCAAAAUCAAUUGCAACGGAAACGGUCAGAAACGGGCAGUGAAAAUAUCGCAUCACAUUCUUGUAUUCACGAUGAGAUAAUCGAACAAAGAAGAAAGAGAUCCGGGAACAACGUUUAUUCUGUAACUCCGCAAGUUUAUCAUGCCACUGACACCGAGCCUCUUCACCGCAAGGGAAGGGCAUUAUUGGAAAUUCCAAAAGUUUCAAGCUUUCCUAAGAAUGCAAAACAACCCAUCCGAAUUUAUCUAAACUAUGAUGCGGUGGGUCAUUCGGCCACUAGAGAUUGUAGAAACAUUGGUGAUAUAGUGAAAUUAGGUGAACCUCCGGAAGCUUCUAAUUCGGAAACACUUUCUUGUAAUCCGCACAAUGAUCCCUCGAUUGUUAGUGAUUGUUGGUAUAAUUGUACUUCGGAUGAUAUAUCCGGAGAGGAUAAAAGGCGUCGUCUUCGAAGGGCUUUAGGGCAGACAGCUGACUGGUUUAGAAGAGCUUUGGCUGUUGAGCGUGUAAGAGGAAACUUGCGGUUAAGUGGUUACUCUGCUUGUGGACAAGAUGGCGGUGUUCAACUUCCGCGUGCAUACGUUGAAGAGGGAGUUGCUGAUGCCGAUUUGGUUCUUUUGGUGACUACAAGGCCCACCACUGGCAACACUUUAGCAUGGGCGGUAGCAUGUGAACGUGAUCAAUGGGGCCGUGCAAUUGCCGGACAUGUGAAUGUUGCCCCUCGACAUUUGACAGCAGACGCCGAAACGUUACUUUCAGCUACCCUCAUACAUGAAGUGAUGCACGUACUUGGGUUUGAUCCGCACGCCUUCACGCAUUUUAGAGAUGAGAGAAAAAGACGACGAAGUAAGGUUACUGAAGAGAGAAUGGAUGAAAAGCUUGGGAGGAUGGUGACUCGUGUCGUUUUGCCACACGUCAUCAUGCAUUCACGCCAUCAUUAUGGGGCGUACUCCGAGAAUUUCACCGGGCUCGAACUGGAAGACGGUGGGGGCCGCGGAACAUCAGGAUCUCACUGGGAAAAGAGACUUUUGAUGAAUGAAAUCAUGACCGGUUCUGUUGACACGCGAUCGGUUGUUUCGAAAAUGACACUGGCUUUACUUGAAGAUAGCGGUUGGUACGAGGCUAAUUAUAGUAUGGCGGACCGUCUUGAUUGGGGAAGUAACCAAGGGACCGAGUUUGUUACCGGUCCGUGUAACCUUUGGAAAGGGGCUUAUCAUUGUAACACAACGCAGUUAACGGGAUGUACAUAUAACCGUGAAGCAGAGGGUUAUUGCCCGAUUGUAAAUUAUAGCGGCGAUCUUCCUCUGUGGGCUCGUUAUUUUCCUCAACCUAACAAAGGUGGACAGUCGUCAUUGGCUGAUUUUUGCACUUAUUUUGUAGCUUAUUCCGAUGGUUCUUGUAUAGACACUAACACUGCACGCGAGCCCGACAAAAUGUUGGGUGAAGUACGCGGAAGUGACUCGAGGUGUAUGGCCUCUUCAUUAGUAAGAAACGGCUUUGUUCGGGGUUCUAUGACUCAAGGAAACGGUUGUUAUCAACGAAGAUGUGUAAACAAUACGUUGGAGGUUGCUGUUGACGGUAUUUGGAAAGCAUGCCCAGAAGCCGGUGGACCGAUCCAGUUUCCUGGCUUUAACGGUGAGCUGAUCUGCCCGGCAUAUCAUGAACUCUGUAGUGUAGACCCCGUUGUGACAUCCGGGCAGUGCCCGAACUCGUGUAACUCCAAGGGUGACUGUGUUAGUGGAACAUGUCACUGUUUUAUCGGUUUUGAUGGUCACGAUUGUAGCAAACGAUCAUGUCCUAGCAAUUGUAGUGGAAACGGGAAGUGCCUCAAAAACGGUAUUUGUGAAUGCGCGAAUGGAUACACCGGGAUUGAUUGCUCAACAGCUGUAUGUGAUGAACAAUGUAGUCUUCACGGUGGGGUGUGUGACAACGGCGUGUGUGAGUUUCGGUGCUCUGAUUAUGCGGGCUACACCUGUCGAAACACCUCGGAUCUUCUUGACAGCCUGGCAAUUUGUAAAGACGUGUUAAUAAACGAUGCUGCCGGGCAGCAUUGUGCACCGAGUGAAUCCAGCAUAUUGCAGCAGCUUGAGGAAGUCGUGGUCAUGCCGAAUUACCACCGGUUAUACCCGACCGGUGCUAGAAAAAUUCUCAACAUGUUUAGAGGCAGAAACUGUGAUAAAGCAGCCAAAAGACUAGCUUGUUGGAUAUCAAUACAAAAAUGUGAAAAAGACGGUGACAAUAGAUUAAGAGUGUGCCAUUCAGCAUGCCAAGCGUAUAACUUGGCGUGUGGGGCAUCGUUGGAUUGCUCAGAUCAAACUCUUUUCAGCGAAGAAGGUGGCGGGGAGGGUGAGGGGUUAUGUACGGGUUGGGGUGAUAUGGAAUCAUGGUUUUGAACCCAUUGUUCAUGGCAACACCCUAGUUGAGUUCCUGUAAAUCAUAGGUAGUUGGUUUUUCCCCGAGUUUAAUUGUAAAAUUGUGUUCGGGGUGUAGUGUUUUUUAGUUUUCGUGUAUAAUUUCGGGGUUGGUCAUAGCACAAAGUGCUAAUGGCUUUAGAUUUAGAGGGUUUGUUUUAAAUCUUGAUCCAAGAGUUGCUUGGAUCUUUUGGGUUGUGGAUUGUUUUUUACUUGGUGAAAUCCCUAAAAAAGAAUGUAUACAUUGUAAGGAAAAGAAUCGAAAAAAGGAAGAUUUUCUUACUAAUCUUUAAA